AUGGCCGAAAAGCACUUGCAGGAUGUUGAACUGCACGAAACAAAAUCUGAGGGUAUAGUUGGUGAGGCAGUUCAACUUGCUCACGAUGUUGACGAAACGAAGCCCCGUCCAUUCACCUUGGGCAUGUUUCGUCUUUAUGGUUGCUUGAUGGUCGCAUAUCUAUGUGGAUGUUUGAAUGGAUUCGAUGGCUCUUUAAUGGGUGGUCUUAAUGCUAUGAAGACUUAUCAAACCUACUUCCACAUGAGCGCUGCAGGGUCUUCGACCGGCCUUGUUUUUGCCAUGUACAACAUAGGCUCAAUUCCUGCAGUCUUCUUCACUGGUCCUGUCAACGAUCAUUUUGGAAGGCGGAUGGGCAUGUUCACUGGUGCAGUCUUGGUUAUCAUUGGUACAUGUGUUCAAGCGCCUUCAACAAAUAAUGGCAUGUUUUUAGCUGGCCGUUUUGUUCUUGGGUUUGGAGUCAGCUUUUGCUGCGUUAGUGCUCCUUGCUAUGUGAGCGAGAUGGCUCAUCCUGCUUGGAGAGGAACUCUCACUGGACUGUACAAUACUACCUGGUACAUCGGAUCAAUUUUGAUUUCCUCUGGCUUCGUUGCGAUUGGCGUUUGGUGGUUACCCGAAUCUCCUCGCUGGUUGAUGGCGCAAGACAAUGCAGAUGAGGCUGUUAAGGUCUUGGCAAGGUAUCAUGGGGAAGGUUCAAUCGAUCACCCAAUGGUGACUUUGCAACUCAAAGAGAUGCAACAGCAAAUUGGCCUUAAUGAUUCUGACAAAAGAUGGUGGGAUUGUUCUGAGCUAGUGGAAACUCACUCUGCUCGCCGCCGUCUUAUUUGCGUACUCGGAAUGGCAUGCUUUGGUCAAUUGAGCGGAAACUCCGUUACCAGUUACUGCUUACCUGAGAUGUUACUUAAUGCUGGAAUUGUAUCUGAAGAAAGACAGCUUUUGAUGAACGGCAUACACUCUCCUAUCUGCUUUAUUGGAGCCAUUGCUGGAGCCAGAUAUACAGACAAUUGGGGUCGUCGACCACUUUUACUCUACUCCAUCUUGUUCUGCUCGGGGUGCUUCGCAAUCAUCACGGGAACAUCUAAAUUGGCUACCCAGGACACAACCAACGUCACUGCUGUAAACACAGUCAUCGCAUUCAUCUACAUCUUCGGAUUUGUCUUUUCUUUUGGAUGA